CAGAUUUGGUCGUUACGACCGACAGCGCGGCGGCAUGCGGCAAAUCCAUGUGUCGAGUCCGGAGCUUACGGACGACGCGGUAGAGCAAGCUCUCGAGUUAACGCUUGAGGAAACAUGGGACGCGCGCAGCCAAGACGAAACGGUGUACGUGGAGAAGCAGUUCGAGCUGUACAGGUCGGUGUCGCCGACGUCGACACUGCCCAAGUAUUUUGUCAAGGCGUGGUUCCCGUACUCGGCGGACACGUUGUUCAACGUGCUGCACGAUUUCAAGUACCGAAAAGGAUGGGACUCGUCGGUGAAGCAAGCGUAUGUUGUCGACCAUCGCCCGUCCCCCGACGCCGACGACGUUCAUGUAGUGUACUGGUGUAUCAAGAUGCCGUGGCCAUUCACGAACCGCGACUAUGUCUUUUACCGACGCACGUUGUUGCUCAAGGAUACGUUCGUCGUGUUGUCACAGGCAGGGCUGCACCGCGACGCCCCCGAGUUGAAUUCGACCCAGCGCGUGGAAGUAUUCCACUCCCAUCUUGUCAUCCGCGCGGCCGGCGUCAGCAGUUGCGAACUGUUCAUCUCGUACUCGGACGAGUCCAAUUACGCCGUCCCGAACACGUUGAUCAACUGGGGACUCGCGACGGGUCUGCCGUCCUACUUGAACGAUCUCCGCGGCGCUUGCACGUCGUACGCCGAUUACAUUCGUGGGCUGGACGACGACGGCCUGCAGAGCAUCCCGUCACAGCUCGUGCGAAGCCGGAUCGAUCGCCGUAAUGUCCUGUCUCGAGGCACAAGCACGGGCUUUUCGUUGCGAGGCAAGUCGUCGUCGGGCGGGAUCUUUGGCAAUCCUCACUCGUCGCAUCCAACGCCAUUGCGGCUCAACCACCAACCGCACCUUCAGCACCUUCGACCAGCUUUCCACCGAUCCAAGUCAGCCUCGGACGCGCUUCCCGUCCCCACGGAUGCCGAUCUCGUCGUCGAGUUCAAGGCAAUCAACACGGGCCUUGUCCUGGAGCCGCAUCUGCACAAAGCGGUCGUGGGUGUGAGUAUAGACAAGCACUCGGAAGCCGCCAAGGCCAAGCUGCUUCCCGGCCUCAUUCUCGUCUCCAUUGACGGUGUGUCUAUCCAAGACUUGUCGUUCCCGGACGUGCUCAGCCGGUUCGUGAGCGCGCCGCGCCCCGUCGCCGUCGGCUUUAAACGCCCGCCUCCCGCCUCCUCCAUCCGCCCGCCGUCGAUCGCAGCGAGUCCUCAAAGCAGCGGCCAGACCAAGGCAGCAGCACCUUCGUUCGUGGUCGUUCAUCACGCCGAUGCGUUGCACGACGCCGUGGGACCUCAAAACUCGGCCACCCAAAUCGGCGCAGUGCUCGUGGCCAGUCGAUUCAACCUCGACGUCGGGACAGCCAUCAUAUCCAUUGACAAAGUGUCUGUGGUCGACAUGGCGUUUCCAGACAUUGUUCAGCGGCUGCGACGGACAACAGAGGUCAAAACGGUGGGGUUCCUUCCGCCCGUCGCGAUGUCGGCUGGCACCCCCCUGAGUGGCAAGACCAAGCUGCGCGUGGCGCUCUCGACCAAACUGUCGUGGCCAUUUAAAGGAGACCGAUCGGCCCCGAGCACACCAACAUCGGCGGCACAGGUCCCGCCGUCGCCGACGACGCUGCCACUGCCCAUCGACGACGACCAAGCGCUUGACGACGUGCUUCCAGACUACUCGAACGUGGUCGUGACGCAGGACAACGUCGAGUGGGUGUGGGCUCACGUCCAGAUGCUCGUAUCGGACGAGCGACUGUUCUCGGCCGCCGACUUGUACGACAAACUCGUGGGCUUUCUUGACACAGCUCCCCGCGUGAAAGCGACCGUCGCCACGGUCUUGGACAAGAUCGAGCGCGAGAUUGCGGCGCAAGCGACUCGGCUGCAGCAAGUCAAGGCGCGCCGAGACCAAGGCAACGCGGCGUUGCAUGAGUUCAACGCGGACGAAGCGGCGGGAUGGCAGUUUGGACAAACCUACUUUGGCAUUUCGACGCAUUGGAAGCCAGGUGACGACGGCACGGUCUGGCUCAAGCUCGACGGCAUCUGCGAAGGCGUCGAUGUGUUCCAUGCCAUGGCCGUGAUCCGCGAGACCGAUCUGUUUUACUUGUGGGCACCGUUCUGCAACAAAUCGACGCUCUUGGCGGGUCUCUCCCGAGUCGAAAUCCUCACAUAUGUCAACAUUGCCAUUCCCCUCAUGCAGCGGGAUGCAGUCAUCCAUGCGUUCGGUAUCAACGCUGUGUACGAGCAUCGGUGCGUGCUCUUGCUGGGCCAGUCGGCAUUGCAGGACGACCACCCGACGUCGCGAUUCCCUCCCAUCAAGGGCUGGAAUGCCGAUCGCAUGCACAUUCGAGCGUUCCGCGCGCUCAUCGAGCCGUACGGCCGCAAUCGGAAUCGAACAUGUCCGUCGGGGGAGACAUCUUGUUGCUAUUGACAUGUCGUGCGACGUAGGCAUCGUGGUAAAUGUCGAUCCGAAAUGCGCGGUCCCGACGUCGCUGCUCAACUUUGCCAUCAAGAAGAUGGCCGGGAUCCUGCUCUACUUGCUCAUGCGAGAAGCGCAGAAGAUCGAAAAGCACUCGGCCGACCAUGGCGUCGUCGACGACGCACGGGACGCCCACUUCAAUCCGUACGUCCAUCGCAUCCGCCGCGAUCCGUUCUACACGUGGCUCAAGCCGCGCAUGGACAAGUGGUUUGCCCACUUGGAGGCUGGCACGUUGCCACCGGCACAGUCGGUCCUGCCGCUGCCGCUGCACGUCGUCACUGGCAACCUGUACGGCCAACGGGUCGAAACCUCGUCGCCUCGCAAACGCCCGUCCGCGAAGAAGGCGGUCGCACCGCGGCCGUCCAUCGACUAUGUCUACGCUAUCCCGUUGUGGCCAUACGUGGCACUCGCGCUCGCGUACUCGAUGUGCAUCACCCGCCACACAACGUUCAUGACGGCUUGCCUGUCGAAAGCCGCACUCUCGACGUGCCUCGCAUGGUUUGGCGUAUCGAGUCUCGUGCCAUGGCAAGUCCGCCAGCAAGAACCCGUCGCGGCGAGUCUCCAGCGAUGGCGAUGGCGAGUGGCGACGUAUGCGAUCCUAGUCGAUGUCCUCGGGUCGGUGUGUGUGUUGGUGUGGGUGCGCCACUUGACGUGCCUCGUCAAGCCAUCGUCGUGCCGGAUUCUCCCGCCGCCGGCCGACAAUUUGCACUUUUGGCUCCUUGCCAACUCGUUCCUGGAAGCCACUGUCCUCGUGAUCAUGCAAUUUGCAGUGAAGCUACAUAUUUAAGAAACAUUUUUCU